AUGAAUUCUCGAGGCAAAGCUAGACAAAGCAGUUCUAGCCAAAAACACAAAGCCAUACAAGGCGGUUCAAGUCAAGAUAUUCCAUUUUUUUCUCAAGAUUUUCAAAAUACAAACUAUCAGCAAUACCAAAACUAUCAAAACUACCAACAAAACCAAAACUACCAACAACAAUAUUUUUCGGUGCAACAAUCUUACAACACAUUUAGGCUUCCAGAAGAAAAUCAGAGUAAUAAUCCAUGGAAUCAGUUUUCUCAAAGGGUUCCAGAAACCCAAUUCGAAUCUUCUCAACCCGAGAAUUUCCAGUUUCGUGAUGCUCAGAACAUAGAAUCUGACAGUUCUAGUGACAACCCGGCUCCCGAAAGAAACGAACAAACCAACGAGGAGUUGCAACCCGUUGCUGAGAAAAAAACGCAACUAUACACACCACCAGAAGCGAAAGAACUGGGUAGAACGCGAAGAGUUAGCUUUGGCUAG